CCGACGCCGGUCGCUCGCUCGUCGCCUUUCGCCGUGCGUCUCCGACAACCGCAUCGCUGAUCCUGCCGCCCUGCUGCCCGAGGGUCUCGCAGCAACAUGGUCGAUAUCAACCCCGCCGCCCUGAGUCGGCCAUCAAUCAGCCUCUCAACCCCCAUCCUCGCCAACAAGACCAUCAACGUCUCGGUCCCGUCAUCGACAAAGGCCCCCAAGACCAGCCAAUUAAUACCCGCCCGCAUUGACCUCGAGCCCAUAUACACGGCCCUCAAGUCGAGCAUCGGUCCAGAGGGAUGGGCCAUCUACAAAGAGACCGUCACCCAGUUCCUGAUCGGCCGUCUCAACCAAGCCGAAUUCAGCGAGCGCAUCAACCCCCUGCUCGUGUCCCCCGAUGGCUCCAAGGAACACCUCCACAAUAAGCUUUUCGCUGCCAUAUAUGGCAAUGUCACGCGCGAGAUGCCUGACCAGGGCCUUGCGCCCUGGGUCAGCGCAAACGACAAGCCCUCGACCACGUCGGGCAGCAAACCCGUGUCCGGCGACGCCGCCGAGCGGCGGUUAAAGAAGCAGGUCAUCGACGUCCUUCCCAAAGAGAGAAAACGCAUCAAAGAUAUCGCGCUAAAUGAGAUCGACCCUUACGAGUCGCUGGCCAGUGUGUUCACAGAUAAUAGCCGCGCCAAGCCCUCAAGGACGGCUGAAGUUCCCGCGAGUGCAGGCGGCCUGAGUAGGAUGAACUUUGACUUGGAAAUCCGAAAACGGUUUGCGCAGCCAUUGGCGGUAGAGUCGGGCGAAUUUCCCGACGUUGGCAACAUCGAAGGCCGCAUGUUGCCCUUUUGCUACGAAGCUGGUCUCGUUUCGGGCCAUGCGUCAGAAGCGGCCCAGUUCAUGUCUAUAGCCACCGAGACUUUUAUCAAGGAGAUCAUGUCGUUGGUUUUCAGCCGCACGAGGAGUAAUGGGCCCGGCGACUCGGGCAAUGCCGGGUUUGGGCCGGGGGGCGCGUGGGUGCAGACAAACAAGUAUCGACGGCAACUCGCAAGGGAGGAGCAGGCGUUUGCGAGGGGCGAGUUGACACGGGAUAAGAGCGGACUGCUACCGAUCGAAGCUAAAGCUGCGAGUGAUCGUGGCCCGCUAGGCAUGUCGGAUCUCCGACUUGCGCUUGAAAUCGGCGACUGCGGCUUGGCUAAUUUCCCUGUCGUGGCCAAGUCGGCCGUCUACGGCUACAGGGAAGGAGAGCUGGAGAACUGGGACGAUUACACUUACGCCGACGGGCGUGAGGUGAAAGGCGAGAAGGAAGACGUGGAAAUGGGCGGAGCAACGACGAAUGGGACAAAAUUGGACGCCCUGCCCAACGGAGUGCACCACGGGGAUCAGAUGGAUAUCGACACUGACGUGUGGUGGGAAGGGGCUGACCCAGGUGAUGGAGACUUUCUCGACGGUGUCCUCGACUCGUGCCUGGCGGUGGGGUGACAAGUCGGCGAUUACGCCAUUCAUGGCCUCGCAAGCACGAAGACGACGUUGACGAAGACGACGACAACGACACUAUCAUCACUGCCCCUAUGUACAGCACCAAUACCGCUCUCAC